GGUUACUGUCACGUGGCGCGUCUUUCCGAGGACGCGGAUGUGGUGCUGGCAAUUAUGGCGGGAACUCAACGUCUGAAAAGGCGAGGUGAUCUAGGGUUGAGGGGGGAGCACAAGGAGUCACGAUGACCGAGAGUAGGCGGCAGCAACAUCCGAGGAGCGAGCAUGAGGAAGAGCUGCCUCUGCCAAUUCUGGCGGGAAGUAGGGUUGUUCAAGUGGGUUGGCGCGGCGCUGGGCGUCAUGAGGAAGGCGGGAGGGCAAAGAGAGGGAGCAGCGACGAGGUGCCCAUCUUCAAUCUUCCCGCCAUUCAAACGCCGUGUUCACAUGUAGAAGAGAAAGGAAGUGAGAGAAGGGGAGGAAAGGGAGCGGAGGAGGAGGAGGAAGAGAAGGAAGAGAAGGAAGAGAGAGGGACAGAAGGGGAACUGUGGAGAUAGGGGGUGGGAGGAGAGCGAGGAGGAGGAGGAUGCGAUGGGGAAUCAGCUAGCGAGAACCACGCAAGUGUCGCCGUCUGAUUACUAUCUUCACGAUCUGCCGAGGAAUGUGGUUUUUAAAGAUAUCCUGGGAGGGGGGAGGUUCUUGAAGACGGUGCAGUGCGUCCACGACGAAGGUUUAGUCGUGAUCAAAGUCUAUUUCAAGCGCGGUGAUUCACCAGACCUUCGGACAUACGAACGUCAACUGGUAGCAAUCAGAGAGCAGCUGUCGAACAUCCCUCAGUCGCAUGUUUGGCCAUUCCAGCGGUUCUUAGAGACGGACAAAGCUGCAUACCUGCUGCGGCAGUACUCGUUCAGCAAUCUGCAUGACCGGAUCUCCACGCGUCCGUUUCUGAGCGCAGACGAGAAGCGAUGGCUGGCUUUUCAACUGCUGCACGCGCUGGAUCAAAGCCAUCAACGCAACGUGUGCCAUGGGGAUAUUAAGUGCGAGAAUGCUCUCGUGACAUCGUGGAAUUGGGUAUAUUUGGCGGAUUACGCGUCGUUCAAGCCAUCGUAUUUGCCAGCGGACAAUCCGGCGGACUUCUCCUUCUUCUUCGACGCAGGUGGGAGGAGGCGGUGUUAUCUGGCUCCAGAGAGGUUCUUCGAGUCUUCGUCAUCGUCCUCAAGCAGUGUUGGUACCUCCGCGGCUUCUGCGGCGGCGGUCGCGGGGAUAGGCGCAGGAGGAGGAGGAGGAGGUGGCGGAGCACUGCCAUCGAGCGCUUCUCUAGGCGGCGGCGGGAACAAUGUCCAGCCCGGGUCGAGCGCCGGGGGGGGUGCGGCGGCGGAAGCCCCCCUCAGGCCGGAAAUGGACAUCUUCUCGCUGGGGUGUGUCAUCGCAGAGCUGUUUCUUGAAGGGCAGGCGCUCUUCACUCUGUCUCAGCUCCUCGCUUAUCGGAAUGGACAGUAUGACCCUCUUCCGUCGUUGGAGAAGAUUGACGACGAAGGGAUUCGAUCCCUGGUGCGCCAUAUGAUUCAGCUUGAUCCGCAGAAGCGGCUCCCCGCGCGGGAUUACCUUAUUUCGUGGGCGGGAAGUCUGUUUCCGCAGUACUUUUCGCCUUUCUUGCACACGUUCUUCUCGCGCCUCGUUCCGCUUGAUACAGACACGCGCGUGGCUGCGAUCGAGGACAUAUUCCCGGAGCUCAAGCGGCGGCUUAUAGCGGAGGCAAGUGGCGGAGGCGCGACUGCGCUUUCUUCUUCAGCGUUGGGAAGGCGAGGUUGGGUAGGGAGGGUAGUAGGAAGUCAGCAAGGGAGAAGAGGUGGAGGCGCGGACGGGGGUGGGGGAAGAGGCGGCGGGUCGUUGGCAGCGGUGGAACGGACGGAUGAUGGGGAGGAAGAGGAACUACUAAGAGAGGGACAGGAGCGGAGGACGUCCGCUCCGGGCGCCGCCCCACAUUCCUCCGUAGGGGGAGCCGCGGAGGAGUGCCACUCUUCCUCGCGCUCUCGGUCGUUGCCGUCGGCUCACGGCGGAAGGGCGGAUGAUCUUGAUCGGGGAGGAUCACUAAUCAAGGAUUUAUCUGGUUUGCUGGCGGAAGUAGAGAUGAUAAAGGGGGACAAGGUAGCACGUAGGGUUUCAUCCCACGAGGCCGGGGUUUCCUCUUUGUCCUCGGCAGCGGCAGAAGUGCGCGCGCUUGUCACACGCAGCGCUGACAAGGAGGAGAUCGCUGACGGUCUGGACGGGACGCCUGGAGGCCACAGGGCGGGGAGAGGAAGAAGAGAGGGCGAUGUGGUGGCAGGCGGAGUGAUGGCUGUCAGGAAUAAACCGCCUUUGGAGAGGGCCUCCUCUGUUGAUAGGCAAAGUAGGGCGGGUGGCGGCGAACUCCUUGUAGGGGGAGGAGGGUUAAGGGAAGCGCGAGGGGUGUCUUCUCGAGCUCCCCCGCUAUGGGGAGGGCGACGCCUGUCUCUGGACCGGGGGGGUGGUGCUUGGGAAGGAGGAAACCGUGCGCGGUCGUUGCCCUCGUCCGGAUCCCCUGACAGUGAUUACCGAUCGGUAGGCGACAACAUAGAGGGCGAUGGCGAUUUUAUCGUCGAUACUGUGACGGGGGAUGACAGUGGUGGUCAGCGAGACAGAGCGAGAGGUGGAGGAGGGGAGGAAGGAGGACGUUGUGGAGACGGCGUAGCGCAAAGAUGGAAGGCGUCCGCAUUGGAUAUCCUGGAUGAAGCGAUGGCCGUGGACGAAGUCGUAACAGAGGAGGUAUACGAGAACCAGGUGAGAGAGGUGGGGGGGAGUUUCAGCGGGCAACCCUUUUUCGGCGGUGAUGUAGACGUUGCCUGGAUGUCACCAUGGCCAGGAAGGCGGAAGGAAGAUGUGAUACUGCCAUCGGAGGGGGGAUGGAGAUGGGAGGGAGAUUGGGAGAUAGAUCCGUACAAUGGGUCCGCGCCAGGUGUGAUGCCGACGGACGAGGAGGGUUGGAGCUAUAGGGGAGGGGGAACCAGCACGGGAUUCAUCGUGGAAGAUCGUGAUCACGAAGAAGAGGGGGGCGGAGGGGAAGGGGAUGGGGGGAGAGGGGGUGGUGUUUCCCCCUCUUCCCCGCGUGCUGUGCCGGCCCCCAUCAGGGCUUCGUCGGCUUCCAAUCGUGAUGGGAGCGAUGGCAGCAGCAACUCCAUUAGCAGGAUGACCAAGGAGAGAGGUGAAGAAGAUGAAGACGAGGGAGUUGGCAGCAGCAGCAGGGUGUCAUCAGCCCUGUCGGAUGAAAGUCGGCUUGGGCAACUGCAGGGAAGAGCGCGAAGGCGAGCUUCCCCUUUUUUUUCCUCCUCGCCAGCUAGCGUAAGGGGAUGGAGCGCCACUUGCACUCCGGACUGCUUGUGGAGACGUAGACGGUGGAUUAGGAGGAGAAGGAGGAGACCUGCGUACACUGCCGCCGCGGCAGUGGUGUCAUCCUCCUCUGUCAAGCCCUUGUCGGCAUUAUCGACGUCAUAUCAGUUGAGGGCGGGAGGAGGAAUGACAGGGGGAGGAGGACAGGAUGGCGAUUGUCUCUCUUCUUCGUCCUGUCUUUCGUUGAGGUCGAAGGACACUCCGCUGUCUACGUGCGGAGCCGCGGAAUCUGCUGCGCCAGCGGUUCAGUGCGGAGGAAUGGUCCUGGUAGUUGCGCUGCUGUGCGCUUGUGUUCGGCACGUGAAGCUGGCGCAAUCGCGCCGUGCGGCGCUGGCUCUGCUCCGUGAGAUGGCCGUCCAUUGCGAUGAUGACGUUAGAUUGCAGAGGAUUGUCCCCUACGUCGUGGCCAUGCUCCCUGAUCCUGCUGCCGUGGUGCGCGCCACUGCGGCGGCCACGCUGGCGGAUGUCUUGUCGAUGGUACAGUCGUUUCCCGCUAGCGACGCCAAGGCCUUUCCUGAAUACGUGUUUCCAUCUUUGUCCAUGCUACCAAGGGACGAUGAGGAGAGCGUGCGCAUCGCGUAUGCGGACAACCUACACAAACUGGCGGAAGCCGCGACGCGUUUUCUGAACAGAACCCAGUUUCUCAACGAGGCCGCUCUGCAGGAUGUAUCGAAUCGGAUCGCGGCCACGGUGGUCGUGCAAGGAGACGUGGGAGGUAGUGAAGGGAAGGAGAAGAACGGAAAAGGCAGCGCCGGCGGUGUGAGUGGCAGAAGUGGGGGGGAAGGGGUUCCGUGGGGAGCGGGGGGGGGAAAGAAGCCACUGCGCCCGCCACCACCGACUGCUUCUUCUGCGCCUCCUCCCGCCGUUCCCCUCACUAUCAUGGCGUCGCCAUCGGCUCAAAAUUUGCCAUCCACGUCAUCCGGCCUGUCGCGUAAGGGAUCGUCGGGAUCGUCGGGAUCCGGAGGAGGAGGAGGAGGCGGUGCUUCUCCCUUGCAGCGCCAUGUAAUCAGCUUCGAUGCUGAGAUGGCCGCUCUCCGGGAAACGGUGGCGCGCGUUGUCCAGGAGCUUGUGAUGACCGGACCGCGCAGCUCCUCUGCCAUCCGCCGCGCUGCCGUCCGCCAUGUCGAACCGCUUUGCAAGUUCUUCGGCAAGAAGGACAGCAACGACUUCCUCAUCCCCCUGUUGAUCACUUUUCUGAAUGAUAGAGACGAUCGACUGCGCGCCGAGUUCUUUGAUCAUAUAGCGCACGUGUGCGGUGUUCUUGGGCGGGCGAGUGUGGAGGCGUUUCAACUGCCUUGCAUAGUGCAGGCACUCAACGACAGCGAUGAGGCGGUCGUUGCGAAUGCGCUGGGCUGUCUGACGAGUCUGGCGACGCAGCGCUUGCUGCGAAAACGUGUGUUAGUGGACGCGGCGCAGCGGGGCGCGGCACUGCUAAGGCAUCCGUGCGCAUGGGUAAGGCGCGCAGCGGUGGCUAUGAUGGCGGCAACGGCGUCGGUGAUGCUGUCGGCCGAUGCGCAUGCCUACCUCCUGCCGAUUUUGCGACCGAUCUUGCGGAGAGAACCCGCGACGCUGACGUCGGAGGCCGUCCUUCUGCGCUGCUUGAAGCCCCCGGUGGCAGCGGAGGAGGCGAGGGCCGCGCACGUGGCGGCUGGCGAGGAGGGGAAAUCCCCGGCGGCGUCAAAGAUGGCGGCGCAGGUGAUGCAAGCAGCAGCAGUAGGAGCGGAAAAGGCCGCGGGAGCCGAGGCGCGCUUGUCUGGUAGCGGCGGGAGCUUCGGUCCGAACUCGCGCGCGCUGGCGAAGACGACGGGAUUGGGAUCGACGGUUGUCAAUGGAGCUGCUGCUGUCUGUUUUUCGUCCUCCCCAGCGUUGUCGGAAAGCCCACCGCCACCGGCUCCUGGCCAUCAUCAUCAUCAGGUCAUCCCGGUCUAUUCUAUUCUAAUGCCGGACAGACGAUCGGUGAUGAACGGUGGGGAAUCUUCUCACAGGGGGGAUGGGGAGGGCAAUGGCGGGGGAUGGAUGUGGGGGGGAGGAGGCGCCGUGGCGGGCAGUAGUAUUACUGUGUCCGCUGGCCGAGCAGCGGGUGCAGCGGAUCGAAAUCUCCUUCGACCUCGACAUCCUCAUCCUCAUCAUCCUGUUGUUAACGAGGAUUGGCGGUUGAUAUUCGGGUACCGAGUCGGGGCCGUCCCAGCGGGCGCGAACAGGUCGGGACCGCACGCCGGCGGUCCAUCAAUGAUCGGCAGCGGGGAAGCUGGGGGUGGCGCGGGAGCGGUAUUGAGGGUGGCCAGCUAUGCUCCCGCUGCUGAAUUUGCAUCGUCAUCUUCAUCGUCGUCCUCAGGGAUGAGGAUGGCGGGCGUUCAACCUGGGUUCGCUGCUGCAGGGGGAGAGGGAGAACGGCGAUCGACGGGAGAGAGAGCAGGUGUGGCGAUGGGGGGAAGAAACCGUCUCGGCGGUGGAGCGGGAGCAUCGCUUCCCCCCCCCCAGGCAAUGAAUUUGUCAGGCACUCUCUCGAGCAGAGGAGGAGGAGGAGGAGGAGGAGGAGGAGGAGGAGGAGGUUCUGCUCUUCCAACGUCAGCAGCAUCCACUUCCGUGUCAGCGGGUAGGAGCGAUAGAGGAGUCGGGGGGGUGGCGGCAGCGGGGGCAAUGUCGCCUGAGAGGCAGCAACAAGCACAACAGUGGAGGCCUCGCGCCGAGUCCGCUGGUGCAGUGAAGAUGGGCAGCAGCAGUAGUAAGCAGCAGCAGCUGCAGCAGCAGUGGUUUGCAGAGGGCGAGAGGAGAGGAGGGGGUGGCGGAGGGAAUGGGACCAGCUUGACUGGGGGGUUGUCUUCAUCGCCAUCGUUGUCUGGGGCGGGGAUGGAGGUUCCUAUUGGUAGUGGGGACCCCAUUUUGGAUCUGAUGGGCGUGGCCAGCGCUCUCGGGCGCGGAGGUAGCUCGACCCGGGAUGGCGCCUGGCGUCCACGUGGCGUCCUAAUCGCGCACAUGCAGGAGCACACCCGUGCAGUCAAUCGUCUUAUCGUAUCGGACGAUGAGAGCUUCGUCGCAAGCGGAUCUGACGAUGGAACGGUGAAGAUUUGGGAUUGCAAGCGUCUGGAGACGAACACCUCCUUCUCCAGCAGGCUAACAUACGCAGCGCAAGGGGGAAAGAUCAUGGGGUUGGCAAUCGUUGGGAGCAAUCACACGGUGGCCUCCGCGUCGAGUAACGGAUCUAUCCACGUGUUCCGUCUCGAUCAUUCGCCCCCCUCAGGAGGAGGAGGAUCGGCGGGCGGGAAAGCCGGGAAGACUCACGCCGCGGGCAGUGGGGUUGGGGGAGGGGGCGGCGGUAGCGGCGAGAGCGCGGGGAUGGGCGGUGGCGGGGCUUUUUAUGCGGGCUUUGUGGACGUGAGACUUAUAGAACCCGAGGAGGGAGCCGUGCUCACGUUAGACAGUCUGGUUUCUGGCCCAGGAUCGCCGCUGAUCUUGUACACAACGCAAAGGGGGGGAACUCAUCUGUGGGAUCUGAGGGUCAGGAGGGACGCUUGGGUGCUGCGCGCCGAGCCGAGGCGGGGCCUGGUCACGGCCACGGCCCUGGACCCUCUUACCAACUGGUUCGUGACGGGGACGUCGGCGGGCUUCCUCACACUCUGGGACUUCAGAUUCCAGAUCCCCGUGCACACGUGGCGACAUCCGGGGGCCUGCCACGUCAGCGUGAUGGCUCCUGCGCUCCCAGGAGUGGCGGGAAACGGUGUCGCUGGCGCGCAGCAGCCGCACCAGCUCUACUUGACACCAGCGGCUCGUCCGCUGGUCUACGUGGCCGCCGGCAAAGAUGAGGUCGCCCUGUGGAACGCCGAGGAUGGACGAUGCCAUGUCAUCUUUCGCGUGAUUGCUGCCGACGGUUCCGAUAGCUCUGGGUCCGAAAGGACCUUUUCCUCGUCUUCAGACCCAGCCUGGCUGCCCGCAGCUCUGCGGCGCAUGCCGACAGCAGUCGGGAACGUCAGCUCGGGGCCACGUGGCGCUGUUUCCUCCCCUCCUUCUUCGUCGUUGGCUUCCUGUAUGUCAGGGAAACAGUCGGUGCUGCAGGCGACAUCGACUGCCCCAAAGGGACGAGUAGGGGUUGGAGGUGAUGGUGGGACUGCCGGGCACGAGAGAAGGUCAAGUGCCGGGGCCAGGUUUCCAUCUUCAUCACAGUCAACCUUUGCUUCCUCCUCAUCGUCGGCAUCAACGUUCUUAGCUGACCCUGCGAACAUGGAGAGCGUAGGGACAGCGGGAACAAGCGAGUAUGGAGCGUUGCCGUCGAAAGUGGAUGGAGGAGUCGGCAUGGCGAUGGCGUGCGAAGAGAAUGCUACGUCGUGGGAAGCGUGUCUGGAGGAGCUGAACAACCCCCUCGCUCGUCCUCCGGGCUUCCGGUGCUUGCUACCCAUCCACUGGGGUGUGGGCCUCCUCACGGGUGGCACCGACUGUCGUAUCAGGCUAUGGGAUCGAACUAGAAUCGACCGGAAUUACUAUGUCUGUGCGCCGACGGUAAGGGGCAUGAAGAUGCCGCGAUACGAAUCAAGACCCAUGUAUGGUGCACGGGUUGUGCAGGAACUUAUUCCAGCAGCUAAUGGAGGAGGAGCAGGAGGUGGGGUUGGUGGUUCGGGUAGUCGUUCCGUCGGAGCGGCGGCGGGUGCAGCUGGCAGCGCCCCCAGUGUUAAUCAGCUCAUGGCCACCGCGGCCGUUGAUAUGGCAGGUUGCCACAGGGAUUGCAUCACGUCGCUAGCGUCCGCUCGGCUGACUACACGUGUCCUUAUCUCAAGCAGUCGGGACGGGGCCAUCAAGUGCAAAGAUGAGGUGUUGGUUGCCGCCAGUACUUUCUCUUUCCUCGGGUCCGGGGCCACUCAACGAGCCGCUUGGGGUGACGUGGACGACAUGCCAUCGUCGAUCCAUACGCUCCCGCGGAAAAUGAACAUCUCGUACGUUAGUAUUUACGAUGGAGGGGUCAUGGGAGGAGGGGUCAUGGGAUUGAAGACCGACGAGAAUCUUUGUCUGAGUUUCCGAACCCUUGAUAACGAUCGGUCGCUCCAGCCGGUUCAAGUGAGGGCGGGUAGGAGCAGACAAAGAGGGAAGAAGAGGGAGCGCGCAAGUGGAGAGGAGGGUGCUGCACAGUCUGCUGCUACGUGUGUGAUCAGCACUUCGAUCAAGUUGAGGGAAAAGUCUGGGGCAAGAAUUAUGAACAAGGAUAAUUAUGGGUCAUAUUGCCCUCAUGCAGCCUAAAGGGAUAUCUAUUCAGCAGUUGUUCUUGGAGAGGACGAUGAGCAUCUGCACUUGGGAGUAAUUGUUGUGGAUGUACAAACUUGUCAUCUGCAUGAUCGAGGGAGUGGAAGAACAGUGAGCAGGUGUGGGAAUGAGGACGAGGUGUGUGUGUGUGUUUGUGUGUGUGUGUGUGUGUGUGUGUGUGUGUGUGUGUGUGUGUGUGUGUGUGUGUGUGUGUGUUUGCUGGGUUGGGAGGGGGCUUCGGUUGUCGGAGCCACAAAGGUGAAUCAUUGUGGCUCGCUUCUGGAGGUGAAAGGAGAUCUCGAGGACGGAAGGACAACUGCAACAAGCAGUGCUACACUGCAAUGGCGACAGGAGCCAUGGAAGCACUAGCAGCCGUAACAGGGAAGUAAUGGGAUUGGCCAAUGACAGAGGAAGUUCUCUUGGUGGAAGAGCAAGCACCAUUGGUGUUGUGCUUUCUAACAGAGGAAGUUCUCUUGGUGGAAGAGCAAGCACCAUUGGUGGUGUGCUUUCUAGCAGCAUUGCACAGUUCUCAUCGCCGCACCACAAGGUUUUAUCAACAUCCUUAUUUCUCAUAUAAGUUGGAUGUCUGGAGUAGGAAGCCUGAUGGGCACCAAUGAAUCAGAUCCCAAUCGCCUGCUGUAUUCGGGAAUCCAUGACUGAAAGCGGAUAGUCCUCUGACUGAACCAAUGGUGAGAGGCAUCAGUUUGUUAGCGAGAGGAUAUAGAGAGGACAUGACUGGACCAAUGGUGGGAGGCAUCAGUUUGUUAGCGACAGGAUAUAGGAGGACACAGGAGGGCUCCUCUCUUCUCCCAAGCUGUGUGGUGGUGCAGAGGUGGCCAUUGCCUCAUGAUGUCAUGCUAUGUUUGGAGCGGCAAUCACAUGCAGUGGGUACAAGAUAGGUGAGAACUGGAAGAAGCACAUCCAUAUGAAUGUGUGAUCGGUUUUCUGGCCAUGUUUGCAGGCUAUUUCUGGCAACGAGUUAAGUGAGGAGGAAUGCACCGAGGAGAAAACAGUGUUGUGGCCCUUAUAUGAGAAUGCUGGUUUCAGAUAAAACUUAGUCGACAGUACCUCCGCAUGGAUCCCCUUCAAGUGGGAGGCUGAGCAAGGGUUACGGAGUCAAGUUUCAGGACUAUCCGGAAGAGGAAGAAGAACGGGUGGGUAGAUGGAAUCACUCCUCGGAAAGGGCAACGACCUUGAGAUAUCAUCGAGCUGACCGAUGCCAGGUAUGUAUUUCAGAACUAUUUUGACUGCAUUUGGAUUCGAACACAGUCCAUGGGUGUACCAACUGAGCUAGGCCUAUUCGUAUACGGAACCACUCCUAUCGAGACGGCGGCCUGGGUGUUUGCAUGGAUUCGAACACGGGUCUGUAGUUUAACUGUCCAUGGGUUUACGAACUGAGCUAGGCCCAUUUGUGUACGGAACCACUCCUAUUGAGACGGUGGCCCCGAGUUGUUGCACAUUACGAGAGACGCUCUGACAGCAAAAGACCAGACGAGGAUUACAGCUGCAGAGGCUGUGUAUAUACUGUGUACAUAAGUCUGAAAAUUUGCACCGCUCAUCGGGAAGCCGGUUGCAAGAUCCAGUAGAUUGUGUGCUAGUACCUGAUCUCAAUUUGCAGACUUGUUCAUACGUUCUCAGGGCACUUCGAACUGAGGCAGUGGGGGCGUCGGGUUGAGGCCGGAUUUGAGCCUGAAGACCUGGCCGAAAUGUGCGGUAAGUUUUAUUUUGAC